UGCCUUUCUUGCACGUUAUCCUUAUUGUUAUGGCUACUGGAAGAAGUAUGCAGAUAUAGAAAAAAAGCGCAACAACAUUCUUGAAGCCGAUGAGGUAAGCUGACGUUCCGUCCACAUUAGACUAAGAAUAGCUGAACUUACACUCGUUAUCUCCCGUCCUUUUCUGCAGACCACAUGUAAGGUCAUUGCAGCGUUUUGUUGUUUUUUUGGUUUUUUUUUUUGUCUUUUUUAAAGGGCAUUUGUCACGGUCUGUGACAUUUGUAGCUAAUAUCUCCUUUCUUUGUUGACAGGUACGUUAAAACAUCCACAGUUUGUCAAGCUGUGCAGUGCAAGCCUCUGUAUUACACUGCAGCUUAACAAGUAGGGCAGGGGUCUUAUUUUUUCUGUCGCUUAUGUUAAUUUUUAUUUUAUUUUUCCGUCCAGUGGCGUAGAUUUAAUUUUGUUAGUCUUAUUUCGCUGCAUGUUAUUGCAUUGUUGGUCAGACGCUGUGAAUGAGUAUCUAAUGGGUCUGUGCCCUAUGGUCUGUACCCCAAAGCCAGCCCUCAGUUCCUGCAAUGAAUACAGCUACGCACUGAAGAUCAAGACCUGCAAGUGGAGCUCAGAACAUAUCCCAUGUUCUAUUCAACCUCCACUUCAAUGGUUUACCGUAGAGGAAUUCAGGCCAUAACCUUAAGUGUCGAUCUAUGGAUCAGUUAUCUCAAUUUCUUGAAAGAGACUUUAGAUCCUGCUGACCAAGAGACCGGCGUCACUUUACGAGGAACAUUCGAGCACGCUGUGAUGUCAGCAGGGCUAGAUUUCCGGUCUGACCGGCUAUGGGAAAUGUAUAUUAAUUGGGAAAUGGAGCAGGAGAACCUGAGCGGUGUCACAUCAAUCUACAGUCGUCUUCUUGGUAUUCCCACGCAGUACUAUAGUAAUCAUUUUCAAAAAUUUAAAGACCACAUACAGACUCGUCUGCCAAGGAAGUUUCUGACAGAUGACAAAUUUCUAGAAUUACGGACAGAGCUGGCUACAAUGAAUGAGCACGGCAGCUCCGUUACUGACCUUCCAAAUGGGCUGGAGGAGAUAAAAGACCCUGCAAAGCGCACUACAGAAAUUGAGAACAUGCGGCAUCGAAUCAUUGAAGUCCAUCAAGAGAUCGUUAAUUUCAAUGAACAUGAAGUGACCAAGAGAUGGUCUUUUGAGGAAGGGAUAAAGCGACCAUACUUUCAUGUGAAACCCUUGGAGAAAGCGCAGCUAAACAACUGGAAAGAAUAUUUGGACUACGAGAUUGAGAACGGGUCCCAUGAACGCAUAGUUAUCCUCUUUGAAAGAUGUGUAAUCGCUUGCGCCCACUAUGAAGAAUUUUGGAUCAAGUAUGCCAAAUACAUGGAGAAGCACAGCAUCGAAGGGGUAAGACACGUGUACAACAGGGCCUGCAACAUCCAUCUAUUGAAAAAGCCUCAAGCUCAUAUACUGUGGGCUGCAUUUGAAGAGCAACAUGAUAAUGUGGAAGAAGCCAGACGCAUUCUGAAAACACUGGAAGACUCUGUAGGUGAUCUGGCAAUGAUUUGCUUACGUAGAGUUAAUUUGGAAAGGAGACAUGGAAACUUAAACGAAGCAGAGAAUUUACUUACUCAGGCCAUGAAAAAUGCAAAAUCUAACGGCGAAUCUUCUUUUUAUGCAAUUAAACUUGCUCGCCACCUAUUGAAAGUGCAGAAAGAUACAGAGAAGGCAAGAAAAGUGUUGCAUGAUGCCAUAACUAAAGACAAAGACAAUGCAAAGCUAUACCUCAAUGUCGUUGAAAUGGAAUUCAGUGGAGACCUGAAACAAAAUGAAACCAACAUCUUGUCCGCUUUCGAUAAAGCCAUAAAAAGUACAAUGGCCAUCGCAACAAGAGUAAAGUUUUCACAGCGUAAAGUGGAAUUUCUGGAAGAUUUCGGUUUCGACAUCAACAAGUUGUUGACUGCCUAUGAUGAUCAUCAGAAACUAUUAAAAGAACAAGAUCUCCAGAAGAGGAAAGCUGAAAAUGGCUUGGAACAACCUGAUGCAAAGCGAGCACAUAUGGAGGAAAUGGCAGCAGUUGCUUCCACUCCAGCAAUUCACCAAACAGCUGCAACUCCUGGCAAUUACAACUAUGCCAACUGGUAUCAGUACAACUACCAGAAUUACCCGAACACCUGGAAUUACGGACAAUAUUAUACCCCGCCAUCCACAUGAGGGACUCUCUUCCUUUGUUCCAGAGUUAGGUUAAGAACUAGUGUUCACCAGGAGUGUUUACGAAGGAAACCGCAAGAAUUAUUUUUAUUCCCCGUGGUCUUAGUUUUUUGGGAAAAUUAUCUGCAAGUAAACACUUACCAAGCACAGAACAUCAUUUUCAUAUUCUGCUCCGAAAUGUUCCCUGGUUUUUCUCCCCACCUCUGUUCUUUAAGUCCACAGAAAGAAAGUUUGAUAAUUGACAUAUUUUCCUGCUUUUUCAAAGAAAAUAUGUAAACCAAUGUGUGCCCCAAUUCUUGUCUCUACAAUACUGGUUUUUUUUUUUUGUUUGUUUGUUUUGUGGCUUCUCCCCCACCCCCAUUUAGGGCGUCAGAAAA